AUGUUUGACAUUUUUUCGGGGGGGCGUGGGGAAAUUCAAUCCGAAUCGAAAUUUGAUAAAAGAAAUUUAAAUUACGAAUAUUCUAAACCAGAAAAUUUUCGUUCGUACUCAUUGGGAAGUGGUAAAAAAUCACCACCACCGCCAUUACCACCCCCUUCGGUUGUCGACGGUGAUUUAAAACAUUGGACUAUCGUGUCAGAAGGUUUUCCUCCGGGCAUAACGGUGGACGAAUUAAAAAAAUACGGGAGAAGACGACCUCCCCAUCAUAUAAAAUAUAAAGAUAAUAUAAGUUUGGACAUUGGAGAAAUCGAACCUUAUAAAAGUGAAUACAAGCGUAAAUAUAAAUUUUACGAUUUAUCCAAUUAUAAUUCGAAUUCCACAAAAUUACAAUCGUUCAGCAACAAAAGGGAAAAUUCACCGAAUUUUCAGGAAGAUUUGUUUUUUUUUUUACCCGAUUAUAAAUUAACUUAUAAAAAAUAUCCCAGGAGAAAAUUACAAAUACCUUCGAAUAAAUUGGAACCUUUGAUAAUAGAUUAUCCGAUGGAUUACACGACGGAAAAAAAUUCUCAAUAUAUUUUAUAUCCGAACAGCGAAAAAAGAAAAUUACUCAGGAGAUCGACUGCGUUGAAACUCGAGGGUGACAUGGCCAACGAAACGGAAGUUCGAAAAGAAUACGUCAUUUAUCCGAAUGCGGAAAGAUCGCAAAUGAUACGAAGACUUCCAUCGUUGAAAUUGGAAGGAGAAUUCGAAUCCAUGACCACGGAACAACAGGACAAGUACAUAUCGUACCUAUUGAGCAGACGACCGAUAAUGGAAAAAAAAAAAACUUUGCUUAAAAUGGAUGGAGAUUUUGAUUUUUUAACGGAAAAUAAUGUGAGUUACGUGGCCCACGACACACCGAGACGUCCACCACCCAUACGGAAAAGGUCGACGAGUUUAAAAUUGGACGGAGAUUUUGAAUUUUCACCCGAAUACAGGGAUAGUUACGUGAAUUUCAACAGGUCGAGACCCGUGACGUACAAACCGAAGGAAACGUUGAAAAACAACGGGGAAAAAUUUGAAAAUCUAACGGAAAUGAAAACUCAAUUUGUCAAUUUUGAAAAUGUACAAAUACCGCAGAGCGCCAAACCGGAAAAUAAUUUACACGUCGGAGGAGAAAUGGAAAUUCUUCCGGAGUAUAAAGUUAAUUAUAUUGAUUUUCCGAGAGAGAGACCGUUUAUUAGAAAACCCUUUAACCAGAUAAAACCCGAAGGGAAUUUACAAAUCUUAAAUGAAAAUUCUAAAGAAAAGUUUUCUGCAUUUUCUCCUACCGCCACCGCAUCGGCCGUCGAAAAAUCAGAAAAUUUAAAACAAGUCGAAAACAAUCAAGAGAUGAUAAUAAGUUCGUCCGAUAAAAAUAAAUCAUCUGAAAAGUUAGGUGAUGAUGUUAAAACGAUGCCGCCGCCGCUGCUGCAACCGCCAUCCUCGACAAUCGACAAAAAUAUCGAAUCGAAUGAAAAAAUCGAUAAAUUUGGUUUUACGAUAUUCGAUAAGGAUGUGAAAAGGGAAAGGAGGCCAUCGAGUUUGAAAUUGGACGGUGAAUUUUUAUUUUUACCACAGUUGAAAGUUUCGGAAACGAGGAGUCGAAACAACAUGUUGAAACCCGUGAAAAAUUUCAAAUCUAAUCCCACGUCGCCGAGAAAAAAACAAAAAGAUAAAAUUAAAUUUAAAUUAGAAGACGAUAAUACGUUUUUGUCGGAAACCAUCCUCAACGAAAGACUGAACGUGAAAAAAUUAGAAGAAAAUUCCAGGAAAAAUCUGGAGAAAAAUAUAAAAUUUGAUCUUCCGGUGAAAUCGCAAAAUUUGGUACCAGACGACGAUUUUGUUUUACCCGGACAAAAAACCGGGAAAUUCGAUAAUAAUAAUUUAACGAAAUUAGAGGAUUAUUUAUCAGGUCCGCCGAAAGAGUUUCAAGCGUUUCAGGUUCUCGAUGUCAAAGGUCAAAACGGAUGUCAAAAAUUAAACGGGGGUGAUUAUUUCAAUUGUGAUAAAUUAACGUCCGACGACGAACAUUCGACGUACAGGCUCGAAGUGACGUCAUCGCCGGAAAAGAAAAGUUAUUUAAAUAAAAAGAAAAAUUGGAACGUUUUUCCAACACCGGAAAUGACGGCCGAAAUAAGAGAAGAAGCAGAAAGGAGAGCGAGAAAAAGAGCAGAAGCAUUUGAUAAAUUAGUUAAAAGCCCUCAAGUACCGAAUUAUCUUUUAGAAGAAAAUAAUAAUAAUAAUAAUAAUAAUAAUAAUAAUAAUAAUAAUAAUAAAAAUAAAAUAGUGGAAAACAACAAUUGGAAAUGUUCUGAAAAACUUUCUUCGUUAUUAACAACGGAUAAUUUAUCGGAUCGUCGUUCUUUUGUUGUUCUCGACGGAAAUGUAAAAUUUGAUCAUCAUCAUCAUCAAUUAAAAGAUACAAUAAAAAAUGAUAAUGAUAAUUGGGAAAUACCCGACUGGUUGAAUUCUUCAACAACGGCUUAA